AUGGAAUCUUUGAGUGAAACGCAAUGGGACUUGGUGAUUGAAGGAACUGGUUUGAAGCACUCGUUGCUUGCCUUAGCCCUCUCUCGUUCAAACAAAAAGAUAUUGCACGUCGACAAUAAUGAAUACUAUGGCGAAGAAGAAGCAGCCUUUAGUCUGCAGGCAACAGACGCUUGGGUGAAGCGGUCUCAUUCGCAGAGCAGCACAUCAACUUUUAGCAAUGCUUCUGCAACAUACAACUCUACCCUGAAGGAGAAGUUGAGCUUCUCGAGAGCAUACAAUCUCACCCUUUCACCACAAAUAAUAUACACGCGAUCACCACUCCUAUCUGCCCUCGUAUCUUCGAAGGUUUACAAACAACUCGAAUUCCAAGCUGUCGGUAGCUGGUUCUUAUAUGAUGACGCAGUACUGAAACGUCUGCCGUCGGGUCGAGAAGAUAUCUUCCAAGAUGAUAGUAUCGAUAAUCGCGCCAAGCGAUCACUGAUGAAAUUCUUGAAAUUUGUCGUGGAUUAUGAGAAUCAAGUUGAGGUUUGGCAAAGCAAAGCUGAGAUGGGAUUGUCGGAGUUCCUCGCGAAUGAGUUUAAGCUUCCCCAGAAUUUGCAGACACUCAUUGGAGCCUUGACCUUGUCACUCGAUACACUUGAGGGAACAAAGGUAGAAUAUGCGCUGCCAAGAAUUCAGAGACAUCUGACAUCGAUUGGCGUCUUUGGUCCUGGAUUUGGAGCUGUCGUACCGAAAUGGGGUGGUGGCGCUGAAAUUGCGCAAGUUGCGUGCAGAGCUGGUGCGGUAGGCGGUGGUGUGUAUGUUCUGGGGACUGGCAUCCGCGGUACAAAAUCUACUGAGGAUGAAGGCGUCACUACACUUGAAGUAGAUUUAUCGAAUGAUGAGAAGGUUAAUACCAGAUUUAUUACUCAAAUCGAUCACGAUACACCUCCCGCUGGAAUCCGGGUUGCUAAAACCAUGGCCAUUGUAUCAUCACCUUUGGCAUCCCUUUUCACUAGUGCAGUGGAAGGCUCCCCGACCUCUGCCGUAUCUGUGAUCGUUUUUCCCGCGAUAAGUUUAGUAGCAUCCGAUUUCAGUCAGGAUUACCCGGUGUAUUUUAUGGCUCAUUCUAGCGAAACUGGUGAAUGCCCAGCAGGUCAAUGCAUCCUCUACGCUACUACUCUCCUUCCUGAAUCUUCGACCACACAGGCCGGAAAGCUCCUUUUAGAUGAUGCCAUGUCCAAGUUUCUUGCGACCACGGAGGGUGAUAGUGGGCAAGUGCUUUAUAGCGUAUACUACGAGCAGCAAGGAAGCAAAGACAAGCUAGAUCUCGCCUUUAACGAUCAAGUCCUAGUAGAUGUUGAGGAGGAGUGGAAAAGAGUUUCUGGUGGGACUGAAGAAACACUAUUCUUGGUAUUUGAAGAACGGAAUGGAAUGAGCGAUAAUGAUGAGGGCGCGGAAUACUGA